GGGACUCUUAUUUUGACAGCGCGCUUGUGGUCAGAGGGUCUGGUGUUUGUGUUGUUUUCUGCAGCGAUGCGCUUCAUCCGAGUCUGUUUAUGUUUUUUUAACCCAUCGAUCACAAUAUUAUCGUGAUUUAUCCAUCAAUAUCUGUUUUUGCUCAUCGAUGGUCGUAAAAUGGCGAGCUCUUUCUCCAGACCUUCAACUCAAGGAGGCACAGAGACGGAGCGUCUGCUGGCCCCCGUGAUGGGAUAUGGCUCCGGCGAUCUGAACGGCGGGUGUCACAUUAACCCUCCUGUCCUGGACAUGAGCACACCGGGGUCUCGACUGCGGGCCGAGGAAGAGGAGGAGGCCCUGAGGAGGAAGCUGAAGUACUUCUUCAUGAGCCCGUGUGAUAAAUACCACGCCAAAGGCCGCAAACCCUUCAAACUGGUCCUUCAGCUGCUCAAGAUCAUCAUAGUCACUGUACAGCUGGUGCUGUUCGGUCUCAGUAAUCAGAUGGUGGUGGCGUUUAAGGAGGAGAACACAGACUCCUUCAGGCAUCUGUUCCUCAGAGACUAUGUGGAUGAUUCAGAGGAGCCGCUGUGUAUCCACACGCAGAGAGACGUCUACGAUCACAUUGAGUAUGCCAUAGAGCAGUAUCUGGUUCUGCCGCAGACGUCGGUCGGCAGGUACGCGUAUGUUCGUGGUUCGGCUCUGAACGACAGCGCCCUCUAUCUGUGCCAGCGCUACUACAGGAAGGGCACCAUCGACCCGGUUAACGACACGUUUGACAUCGACCCUCAUGUCGUCACUGACUGUAUCGGAGUGAAUCCACCACCAGACCCCUCGAAUCCACCGCAAAACCACUACAAGAACAUCACCCUCAAUUUCCAAAAGUUGAUUAAUGUGACGAUCCAGUUUCAGCUGAAGGCGAUAAACAUCCAGACGAUUAUAAAUAACGAGAUUCCCGACUGCUACACCUUCUCCAUCACCAUCCUGUUUGAUAAUAAGGCUCACAGUGGUAAAGUGAAGCUGAGUUUGCUCAACGAGGCGUCCAUGAAAGAGUGCAGAGACACCAAUGUGUCGGGCCACGCGGACAGUUACGCGCGCGUGGCGUUCGAUGUGUUGGUGGCGGUGGUCUGCGGUCUGUCUCUGGUGUUGUGCGGACGCUCCAUCCUCAGAGGAAUCAUCCUGCAGCAAGAGUUUGUGUGUUAUUUCCGUCAGUCUCUGGGCCGCUCGGUGAGUUGGGGCGACCGUCUGGAGUUCGUCAACGGCUGGUAUCUGCUGCUCAUCAUCAGCGACAUCCUCACCAUCAUCGCUUCCUUCAUCAAGAUCGCCAUCGAGACCAAGAACCUGUCGUCAUAUGACGUCUGCAGUAUUUUGAUGGGAACCUCCACCCUGCUGGUGUGGGUCGGCGUGAUACGAUACUUCAGCUUCUUUCAGAAAUACAAUAUUCUGAUCGUGACUCUACGAGCUGCGUUUCCAAAUGUGAUCCGGUUCUGCUGCUGCGUUGCUGCCAUUUACAUGGGCUACUGCUUCUGUGGCUGGAUCGUCCUGGGACCCUACCACGCUAAGUUCCGCUCUCUCUCUACGGUGUCCGAGUGUCUGUUUUCUCUCAUUAAUGGAGACGACAUGUUUGCCACGUUCUCGGAGCUGGAGCAGAGCGGGACGCUUGUGUGGGUGUUCAGUCAGCUCUAUCUCUACACCUUCAUCUCGCUCUUCAUCUACAUGGUGCUGUCGCUCUUCAUCGCGCUCAUCACCGGAGCCUACGACACCAUCACCCAACAAACCCAGGACGUGCCGCAGAUGUCCGAACUGCACCGGUUCAUCGCCGAAUGCACCGACACGCCGACCUCCGGAAACUUCCGCAGCCCAGAGUCGUCCACAUGCUCGCUCUUCUGCUGCUUCAACUAGAGAGACUGUGUUUGUGAAGGGGAUUCUGGGUAACACUUCCUUACUCUCACGCACGGGAAAGGAGGGAACAAGCUCUUCUUUGUUUGUUUGUUUACAGGUUAUAGCUGCACUAAUAGAGCAGAUCUCAGCAUGCAGCUUUUAAAUGCGUUAUAAUUAAUGAGCUGAAUGUGUUUCGCGUAUUUAUGAACAUCUCAGCUUUGUGAUCAGGACUUGACCAGCUAAAGGGAACUGCGCCCUCUAGAGGCGUGGAGGAUUUACUGCACACAAAAUAACACACAAACACAAACCCAAACAGAUAAAUAACGAUCAUCAGAUGAAUCUCAAGACCAAAUGUCCAGGUCACAUUUCACCCUAAAAUGGAAAGCAAACAACAAUAAAUUAUAUUUUGCUUAAAGAAAACAAAGCCUUUUUAAGACCAUUAUGAUGUUUUGCAUUUUAUUUUAGGUUGAAAUAUGACCUGCGUAUUUUAGUUGGAGUUACAGCAUACAAACACAAAUAAACACACACUUUUCCAACAUCAUAUUGCAGGUGCUUUGGUGAAUCUUACAACAAAAUGUCCAGGUCACAUUUCAACCUAAAAUUGAAAGCAAAAAAUAAGAAAUUAAUUCAUUUUGCUUAAAGAAAAUUAAUCCUGUUUUAGGACAUUUGUGGUGUUUUGCUUUGUGAGAUUAUUUUCACAACAAUUAAAUUAAUUAACUACUUAUUUUUUUGGAAAGGUGACCUGCACAUUUUCUUGACAGUUUUUGUGAGAUUCGCCUGAUUAUUUUUAUUCCGUUCGCAGCUGUGUAUUUUAUGAUUUUUUAAAUACAGUUUUCUGUGUAUAUAUUACAUAUUCCUUACGUUUCAUAUGCACGUUAGAAUAUUAGUGCUUUGUCAGCAGAGGAUCGUCAUAUGGCUGAUAAUGCCACUCUUUCUUCUCUAGUCAGUGCUUUGUUUGAGAUGUUUCUCCACACGAGCGAGUGUGUGUGUGUGUGUGUGUGUGUAUGUGUGUUUAACAGGAAGCAUAGCUUGCAGGUUUAUUUUGUCAUUAAUAUUAAUGCGAACGGUGUAUCAUACCUGUCCCUGGUGCAUUUGCUCCUUUCAAACACACACACAUACACGCACUCACACACACUCUCUCUCUCACACACACACUCACACGUACACUGAUGUUUGAGAAGCCUCGGGCAUCUUGAGAGCUUUUCUCUGCAUUGACACACGGGUCAGUCCAUCAGGGAGUUACUCGACUGACACAGAGAUGCUUUGAUUGUUUUCUGUGUUUUUGGUCGAUGGAAAGCUAAUAUCUGUCUAUUAAUGCUUAGCUCAAUUAAUUACUAGAAACCAUAAACAUGAGGGACCGAACACCAGCUGAAUGCAGGACUGAACUGGAACGUUUCCAAUGCAUCAUUCUGAUUACUGUGUGUUAUUUAUGAGCUCUUGGUGGUGUAUUAUAUUUAUGAUGUUAGUCAUGGACUUUCAGCUUGUGGCAGUUUAAUAUCAGAUCCGUUCAUGCGUGAUUUCAUCUAGUGCUCUGAAACUGAGAGAAUCUGAUUAUAUUUGUUGUUUUUGUGGUGAGGAGGAAAACAGCUUUGCUUUUAUAUGUAAUUGUUUCUUACCCAGAAUGCCUCUUUGGUGUAGUUUCAUGACAUACAUUGAGUUUACUGCUGUUAUUUGGGGGAUGUUUUAAUGAGAUGUGCGAUUUAAAGUACUUGAAAUUUUUUAAUUUAAUUUUUUAAUUGUAACUGUAAGCUGAGAUGCAUUUGGUUUGUAUGUUUGUCAUUAGUGGCAUUCAAUUUUGUAACAAAGGGAAUUUUUUUUUUUUUUUUUUUUACAAUGCACAGUUUUGCACUUUUUUUAAGUUGCACUUUUUUAAGAUAUUAUUCUGAAUGUGUAUUUGUGGUUUUGUGUACGAGUUAGUCUCCGUUAAAAUGGUUCAUAUGAAUGCUCUUUAUUAUGAUCAUAAAUACAGACACAUUUGAACACAAAUCUCAGCUCUUAAAGUCACAAAUAAAAUACAUCUGUGAAUGUCAACAUCAAACAUUCUGCCUUUUUGUUUUGUGGACUGAAUCACUGAAGCUUGUUCUGCCCAUGUGUCAACCAGAGUCCUUUAUUCUUCAUUUUUUUAAUUUCCUGAAAUAUAACAAUAUAAUAAUAAUAUACAAUAUUAACCUAAACAAAAAUAGCAAUACAAUAAUGGUGAUAAUCUUAAAAGCGCAGACUAUUCUUAAGAAUUUCUCCUUUUGUGCUGCUUGGAAGAAUGAAGGCCAGACAGGUUUGGAACGACAAGAUAGUAAGCAAAUAAUUAAAUUUUUGUUUUCACAAUUUUGAGUGGACUUUAACACAUUAUGUGCAGCCCUUCCAAAAGAACAGUGUAAUGCAUGUUUUAGAGCUUGGCUUAAAGAAAUAAAUAUAGAAUUUCCCAUGCCAUUUAAAGACUUUGAAAUCAGGCUUCGGAAAUCCUGUUUUUUCAAAGACAAAAAGCAGUUGUUGACAUGUGUAAACUAAAAUGAGAAAAACCUUGAUUUUCAGCUGGUUUAGCUUAUUUUAAAACUUAUUCUGACUUCUUUUAAAUAAAUGCAAUUUCAAGAGAUAUAACAUCUCUUUUACAUCUCACAACAUCUCACAUGCGCAGUUCUGACUUUUUCUCAGAAUCCAUAUCUCGCAAAUUUUACUUCAGAAUUCUGAAUUUUCAUCUCAUAAUUCUAAAAUUAGUUUGGUCCCACUUUAUAUUAGGUGGCCUUAACUAAUAUGUACUUACAUUUAAAUUAAUAAUUUGGUACAAUGCACUUAUUGUGUACAUACAUGUUUUUGCAUUGUACUUAUAUUUUUAAAAAUACCUAUAUGUAAUUACAUCUGUAAUUAAUUUCUGUAAUUACAUUUAUAAUUACACUGUUGACCCAUCCCUUACACCUUAACCCACCCUUAAACCUACCCAUACCACCCUAACCUGUCCCUAACCUUACCCGUAUUCCACCUCAAUAGCAACAAAAGUGUUUUUCAAUACAAUAUGAACACAAUAAGUACAUUGUACUUAUUUU